AUGACCCUUGGUCAAAACACCAGCCAUGUGCAACGUACCAUGCUGGCCAGGCUGACCAAAGUGCUGGUCAGGACAGGCUCUCAGGGACAGGACAUAUGGGUGGGCAUGGAAUUUAGGGAUGAUAUGAGCCGCUCCAUCAUCUGCAAUGUAAAAGGCAACGUCCUCACCCUGUUGGAGGAAGAAAAAGAGGCGAGGAGGUUGUGCUGA